CCGGCCGCGCCCCCCCCGGCCCCGCAGGCGCGGCCCGGCCCGGCCAUGCCGGCCAAGAGGAAGCCGGUGCUGCCCGCCCUCAACAUCGCCCCCAGCGCCGCCGAGGGGCCCAGCCCCGACGGCUCCGCAGAGGCUAACCUGGUGGACCUGCAGAAGAAGCUGGAGGAGCUGGAGCUGGAUGAGCAGCAGAAGAAGCGCCUGGAAGCUUUCCUGACGCAGAAAGCCAAAGUGGGGGAGCUGAAGGACGAUGACUUCGAGAGGAUCUCCGAGCUGGGCGCUGGCAACGGCGGGGUGGUCACCAAAGUGCAGCACAAACCCUCAGGGCUCGUUAUGGCACGGAAGCUGAUCCAUUUGGAAAUCAAGCCAGCCAUCAGGAACCAGAUCAUCCGGGAGCUGCAGGUGCUGCACGAGUGCAACUCCCCCUACAUCGUGGGGUUUUACGGAGCCUUCUACAGCGACGGGGAGAUCUCCAUCUGCAUGGAGCACAUGGAUGGUGGCUCUUUGGAUCAAGUGCUGAAAGAAGCCAAAAGAAUUCCUGAGGAAAUCCUGGGCAAAGUCAGUAUAGCGGUUCUGCGGGGCCUGGCCUAUCUGCGGGAGAAGCACCAAAUCAUGCACAGAGAUGUGAAACCCUCCAACAUCCUGGUGAAUUCCCGAGGGGAGAUUAAGCUCUGUGAUUUCGGGGUCAGCGGGCAGCUCAUUGACUCCAUGGCCAACUCCUUUGUGGGAACUCGGUCCUACAUGUCUCCCGAGCGCCUGCAGGGCACGCACUACUCGGUGCAGUCGGACAUCUGGAGCAUGGGGCUGUCCCUAGUGGAGCUGUCGAUCGGAAGGUACCCAAUCCCCCCGCCAGACUCCAAGGAACUGGAAGCAAUUUUUGGCCGUCCUGUGGUGGACGGGGCGGAGGGAGAGUCCCCCAGCAUCUCGCCGCGGGCCAGGCCCCCAGGACGCCCCGUCAGUGGCCACGGGAUGGACACCAGGCCUGCCAUGGCCAUCUUUGAGCUGCUGGAUUACAUCGUUAACGAGCCGCCUCCCAAGCUGCCAAGUGGAGUCUUCACACAAGAUUUCCAGGAGUUUGUAAAUAAAUGCUUAAUUAAAAACCCAGCAGAACGAGCAGAUCUGAAGAUGCUGAUGAGCCACACGUUCAUCAAGCGCUCCGAGGUGGAGGAGGUGGAUUUCGCGGGCUGGCUGUGCCGGACGCUGCGGCUGAACCAGCCCAGCACUCCCACCCGAGCUGCCAUGUGAGCCCGGCCUGGCACUCCUGCCUCUGGCACCGCUUCCUCUCCUCCCUCCACGGCAGAACUGCCCCUCCUUCCUCCCUCCCAGCCCGCCGAGCCCCAGCGCCAAAGCUCCGGCCCCCAAAGCUCCGGCCCCGGGGGCGGCUCCAUCCUCCGGGGCUGCCCGGUGGGGUCGGUCCCUUCGGAUGUGGGGGUGUUCCAGGCCUCUGCUCCAGCUCUGGAGCUCCUGACACUUGGGAUUUGUGGUGCUGCUUAUGUUGGUUUUUCUUUGUUUUGGGUUUAUUAUUGUUUUGGUUCGGGGUUUUUUUUUGGGUUUUUUUUUUUUUUUUUUGGAAAUGUGUUCACUCGGGUUAAAAAGGAAGGGGGUGUGAGGUGGGAAAGGGAUGAGGGGCAGCUGAUGCUUCACCUCAUCCCUGGUUUUCUCUCUGGCAUGGAGAAUCAGUGGGGUGAGGAAUGGAGAAGCCCUGCCUGGGGUGGCCCAGAGCAGUGUCACUGUCCUGCCUGGGGACACAGCUGGGCUCAGGGCAGAGCAGAGAUCGCUGUUUGCCUGCCUGGAUUUUAAACGGUUCUUUUGAAGCCUGCCCUUGUCCGAGCUGGAUGUUCCAGGGAUCCAUGGGGCCGAGGAGGGAGGAAUGGGGAUGGGGAUGGGGAUGGCUCCCACUUCUCAGUGUCCAGGUGAGGGCAGAGUGUGGAUUUUGGAUUUUCCUUCCCUGGAGAGGUGGAGGCAGAGCCCGGCUGUUCCCGGCGGCCGUGCCCGGGGUUGGGGUCCCUCUCCUGAUCCCAUGGGGGGCACACAGAACCCUCCAGGCUGCAUUUUCCCCCUCCAGCUGCCUCCAGCCCAUCCCAGGGGUGGCCUCAGCCAUUGUGGAUGUGGCAGAGCUCCAGGAUUCCCUGUCGGAGCCCCCUGGCCAGGGAUGAACCCACCCCGAGCCCACAUUGUCCCUGGAUUCUCCCUCCCAUCGAGGACCUUGCAGCCCCCCAGGCCCUGAUCCCCUCCCUUCCCACUACGUGGAUUUUGGGGUGAAUCAUUCCCCUCCUUCCCCCACAUGGGCUUGGCAACCCCUGAGCCCCCCCCCGUGAGGAUUUGGGAAGUUUGGUGGGAAUUUUUUUUGUGUUUUCCUUCUUUUUUUUUUUUUUUUUUUUUUUUUUUUUUUUUUUUUUUUUUUUUUUUUUGGCUGUUUUUCACUCAGUCAGCCUGGCAGCUGCCAUCCCCCUGCCUGCCCUGCAUCCCAUCAUGGCAGCCCCCCCAAAAUUAACUACCAGGGCUGGGUAACCCCAAAUCCCUCAUCCCUUUUCCUUUUUUCCAGCACAGGACAAAGGCACUGCCCUGCCUGGGGCCAACCCACAGGGCAGCCACAUCCCCAAAAGGGGGGACACCCCAAUUUUUUGGGGGGCAACACCCCAAUUUUGGGGGGAACACCCCAGAUUUGAGGGAUCUGUGCUUGCUGGCUCAGCUCAUGCUCAGCCAAGCCACCCUGGAGCUCGAUGUGAUGGAUUUUGCCUCUUAUUUUCUGUGGGAAGCAGGGAAGGUUCCUCAAGUUUCGGGCUAUUUUCCAUAAGUUUUGGUGCUGGGUUUUGGAGGAGGAAGAGGAGGAAAAGGAGGAGGAGGAGAGCGUGGAUGGAGCAGUUCGGUGGUGCAAUUAAUUUUUUUUUUUUUUUUUUUUUUUUUUAAACUCGAUAUUUUCAUCAUGGAUGGGGAGGGAAGGGAAAAUAAUAAAUAAACGGCACUUUACAUUUC